UACUACGACAUCUACUACAUCGACUACUACCGGAGAAGCGAUCACCUCCUCAACAAUGACAACUAGUCUGUCCUCCUCUAAAACCUCGACUACCGAUGUUACCGCGACUUCUACUACGACGCAGAGUCCCGGGGAAGAUUGGCUCGAUGAACCGUCCUCUUCUAGUACUACGACAUCUACUGCAUCGACCAUUACUGAAGAAGCGAUCACAUCCUCAACAGUGACAACUUCUCUGUCUUCCUCUCCAACUCCGACUACCGA